AUGAGCGAUGCAUCGGAUGAAGGGAUAGCGGACGUGGAAGAAUUAGAUUCUAAGAUCACGGAAUUGGAUGAAUUAGAUGCUAAUACCACGGACUUGGAGGAAUCAGAUGCUACUCGAGGAGAGUUGCUGGUGUUCACAUCGUCAGCUCUGAAAUACGUCAGUGGUAGGAAAUCGGAUGAUUUCAACAACAAAUAUGUGGCCAUUGGUGAGAAGUUCCACUUGCGUUUUAAGAUGGUCCAUUGCAAUCCGGCACUCGUCAAAACAGUGCUGCACAGCUACGGUUUUGAGCAGUGUUCGACGAAGAAUCCGAGCUGUAAUAUUAUCUGGACUGGCUCUCACUUGAGACCGCAUGCCCUGCGCUCUUUGGCAUCAUGGCAGCGUGUAAACCAUUUUCCGAAAAGCUUUCUGCUGACAAGAAAGGACAAGCUCUAUGAAUGCAUCGGACGCGCUCAAAAAUUAUUUGGAGAUUCAUUCAAUAUUAUCCCGGAAUUUUUUGUGACGCCAAAAGACUACCACAAAUUUGUUGAUUGUUUCAAUGCUCAAACGCAUGGUUUGAAGCCGUUCAUUGUGAAGCCAGUUGCAUCCUCACGUGGGAUUGGCAUUUUCAUUGCACAAAGUCCUGGCGAAAUUCCUCUUGGAUCGCCUAUGCUGGUUUCGCGUUACAUCACAAAUCCAUAUCUUCUUGAUGGCCACAAAUUCGAUUUGAGGUUAUACGUGAUGGUAACAUCGUUCUCUCCGCUGGUUGCAUAUAUCUACAGGCAGGGCUUGGCUCGAUUUGCCUCGGAGAAAUAUUGCAGCAAUGCAAAAAGCUACCAACAUCAGUUUUCUCAUCUCACAAACUAUUCAGUGAACAAAAACAAUGGGAGAUUUGUCAAGUUAGUUUAA